CCCUGUGAGGGCGCGUCCCUCGGCACGCACGUCCGCCGGCAGCGGGGGCGCAGCGGAGGAGGCCGAGGCCCCGGGGGGCUGCGUGUGGCGGCCAUGGUGGGCCGCGAGAAGGAGCUCAAGAUACGCUUCGUGCCCGGGCGCUGCGAGCUCGUGGAGGAAGAUAUUGAUAUUCCCAGUAGACGAGUUCUGAUCACGGGUGCUACGGGACUUCUUGGUAGAGCUGUGUUUAAAGAGUUCAAUGAAAAUAAUUGGAAUGCUGUUGGCUGUGGAUACAGAAGAGCUCAACCUAAAUUUGAGCAGGUUAAUCUUCUCAACUCUGUUGCAGUUCAUGACAUUAUCCAUGAUUUUCAGCCUCAUGUUAUAGUGCAUUGUGCUGCUGAGAGGCGUCCAGACGUUGUGGAAAGCCAACCAGAUGCUGCUUCCCAACUCAACGUGGCUGCUUCAGGGAACUUAGCAAAAGAGGCAGCUGGUAUUGGAGCAUUUCUGAUCUACAUCAGUACAGACUAUGUAUUUGAUGGAACGAGCCCUCCUUAUAAAGAGACUGAUGUACCAAAUCCCCUGAAUUUAUAUGGUAAAACCAAACUGGAGGGUGAAAAGGCAGUCCUGGAAAAUAACGAAGGUGCUGCGGUACUUCGGAUUCCUGUUUUGUAUGGAGAGGUGGAAAGACUGGAGGAAAGUGCUGUGACUGUUAUGUUUGAUAAAGUGCAGUUCAGUAAUAAAUCUGCCAACAUGGACCAUUGGCAACAAAGAUUUCCUACAAAUGUGAAGGAUGUAGCAGUUGUUUGCAGACAACUUGCAGAAAAAAGAAUGCUGGACCCCUCCAUAAAAGGAACGUUUCAUUGGUCUGGCAAUGAGCAGAUGACUAAGUAUGAAAUGGCGUGUGCCAUUGCAGAUGCAUUCAACCUUCCCAGCAGCCACUUGAGACCAAUUACUGAUUGUCCAGUUGUGGGCGCUCUUCGGCCAAGGAACGCUCAACUUGACUGCUCCAAGUUGGAGAUGCUGGGGAUAGGUCAGAGAACACCAUUUCGAGCUGGAAUCAAAGAAUCACUUUGGCCUUUCCUUGUUGACAAGAGAUGGAGACAGACUGUCUUCCAUUAGUUUGUAACUUUUUUAGUAAAAGUAUGGUAUGUGGCACUUUUUUAAAAGAAAAAAAAAAUAGUUUUGUAUGAGUGUUCUUAAAUUGUGACACUUAAAAGUUUUCAUUUAAUCAGGUAAAUGUGUGGUCUUGCACUAGUAAAAUCGUUAGCCUAAAAAAGUUCAGUGACAAACACUGAGUCUGUAUGACACCACAGAUCCUUCCUUCUUUUAGUACCAGUCCAACUUAAGUGUUUAUAGCAGGUUGUGGUUCUUAGUAGUCAGCACCUUUUGAUGCUAAGAAUGACUCAGAUGACUUGUAGACUUCUUUUUGGCUGAAACAUGCUGUUGAUGCUUCAGGCCUGUGCCAUCGCUGUAUAUACCAUUUCACUUCCUUGAAAGACAUGGUCAGUUACUUUAUCACCAAAAAUCUGGGUUAGUCGUUUUUAAUUUCUGAAGUUGUUGUUACUAUGAAGCUGAACUGAAACGGGAAUUGUAAAAUGUUGUUUUGCUUGAGCUUGAAUCAAAAUGUUUUUUAAAAAAAGUGAAACUUUAUUUUUGCAAUUAUCAAGUGUACUUUUUAUGCUUGGAAUAUUUUCAGAGUGUUCUGUAAUUUAAUGCCUGCAGCUUCAUAUUUGUAUGGCAAAUUCUCUGCACUUGUUUUAAUGAUCACUUAAAGCUAGAAUAGGGUGAGGAAAAAUAGUUUUGACCUUUAUUUUGGGGUGGGUAUUGGAGGUGACUUCUUUGUUUUGAUAUCUUCAUCUUUCUCUUCUGAGUGGUAUUUGGGAUUGGUGAAAUUAUUUGUAGGAAGAUGUCGCUAGUAAGUACGUGUGAGAGGAGAGGAAAGGUAUUUCAAGAGUUUAUAGCACUCCAGCUUCUUUUGCACAGACUCACAUCUUGCACUGAUGCAGCUUGUUCUGGAACAGCUAAGUGCAUAUGUUAAAUGUUUGCACUGUGAUGUAGCCACAGUAGUCUAAUAUAACCAAACCUUGAAUCUGCUUAUAUUUAGUCCUUGAAAGUGAACUCAGUAGCUACUUAAAAGUAGAGGAAGAAUGUGGUUUGUAAAAGUUAGCUUCCUUCUGAAGUUGUUAAACAACGGAAAUGCUCUGAGGUUGCCAGCAGAACAGAAGCAAAAUUAAGAAAAGCUGCAUUUUUAUGAUAAUUUAUUGUUCUGAGAUUGAAAUGAAGAGUGGAUGAGGGGUGAAGGUGUUCAUCUUUAAAAAAAUAUCUGGGGGGGGUAAAGGGUGGGACAAAAACAGACCAACUUCAAAUCAUACAAAGGUCAGCUUUACAUUCAGUUCUUUAAUUUUCAACUGCCAUAUGUAUGCUAAGAGUUCAUUAUCCUGGUUUGUUUUCAGUCUGAAGUCCUGAUAUACACCUGGUAACCUGUUUCCAAAGUGACAAUAAAUAUAUAUUGCAGCAUGAGAAA